UUUUAGAUUUUUUUUAGUAAACAAUAAAUACUUGAUUUUGAAACAAAUGUUAAAUAAUUGAUUAAAUUAUUGUCAAUUUGAUGCCAAUUAUGGCUGCGUUUGGUUUGAACGGCAAAUGUGUCCGACUUGUGGCCAACAGUUGGACCCGAUUUCAAUGCAAACGACACUUAUUUGGUCUGAAACGAUCAAAACCCGGGAUUUAUGUCUUAUUUCCUGAUAUACCGUCGGACACAUCCGAGACCAACGAGUUGUUGCGUAUACCGAUUAACGACUCUGUGACCAACUUUUCAAAACUUUCGGCCGAAAAAUGUGUGAAAGCGAUAUCAAAGAUGUCCAUUGAGUUUGAGUGGUGUAUCAACUCUUUAGAGCAAAGAUUUGAUGAAAAAAAUUUUGACAUAUCUUUGGAUGAAACGAUACAACAAAUUGAAGACCGAUUGGUUUCAUUAGAUUACGGAUUGUCUACAUUGAGGACAUUGAAGAAUGUCGACAAAAAUACAUUUGGUUUUAAGUAUUUCAAUCAAUUCUUCAGCAGAAUUCAAGAGCUAAAAAUCCGACGUUUUCUAAGUCAACCCAUUUAUUACUAUAUGCGUGAAAUCAAUUCAAACAGAGAUAAACUUAAUAAUCAACAGAAGAAGAUUGUGGAUAAGUAUCUCUUGGAGUCCAAACUUUUUGGAGCCAAUCUAUCGACAAAUGAAUUGUCGGCAUUAAAUGAAAUACAUAAAGAAUUGUCAGAAGAAAAAACAAAAUAUAAAUACAAUUUAACCGAAGCCACCAAACGAUUUAGUCAUGCGAUCGAUGAUCCGGCGCUGUUGCAGGUCUUACCCGAUGAACUGAUUGCUUCAAUUGGCAGUCACAGCAACGCCACCGUAACAUUGCAUUCAUCAGUAUUUAAUCCAUUUAUGGAGUACUGUCCGGACAGACUGUUGCGAUGGAAUUUGUGGAUCGCUUAUAAUUCUCGCGGAUCACCUCUUAAUGACAGCCGACUAAGUAAUAGUGUUUGUAUUGAAAAAAUUAGAGGAUUACGUCGUAAUGAGGCACAAGUUCUUGGAUAUGACAACUAUGUUGAGCUCUCGAUGGAGACCAAAAUGGCUCGAAAUUUAGAGAAUGUUAAGAAUUUUAUAACAACUCUUCACUCGAAAAGUAAAUUAGCAUUUGAUGCAAAUCUUAAAGAGUUGAAUGAAUUUGCCCGAAACAGUGGUAGCUUUGAUGCCGAUAAAGUAGAGCUCUGGGAUCUACCGUAUUGGCAAAGAAAACUAUUAAAAUCUACGUAUGAUAUUGAAGACACAACUGUUAAACAAUAUUUUACAACUGAUUCUGUAUUUAAUGGUUUGUUUAAUUUGGCCGAACGUUUGUUUAAUAUUAAGAUUGAAGAAGUUAUGAAACCACAGUUUAAUGGAUGGCAUGAAGACGUCCGACUUUUUAGAAUAUUAUCGCCAAAUACUGGAAUUGUGGCCUCAUUUUUAUUGGAUCCAUAUUCCAGACUAAAUUCUAAGAAAAAUAUGUCUUAUGUAGAGUUAGCUCUCAAUCACUGUCACUCCCAACAAACCAAACCGAUGUCUUUCUUUAUUACAAAUUUUGACAAACCUUUAGUUAAGGGACAGUCGACUCAAUUAUCGUUCUCUCAAAUUAUAAUAUUAUUCAAACAGUUUGGUCUUAUUUUGCAAAAUUCUUUAACUGACAUAAAAUAUAAUGAAAUCAGUGGUUUAGCAAACCUUGAGUGGGAUGUCAUUCAUUUUAUGUCUGAAUUCUUUGCUCUCUGGCCUUUGAAUUCAUAUGCAGUCAUAUCUUCGUGCAGUAGUCAUGUGACCGAUGGCUCGCCAUUUCCUGAACAAGAGUUUGACAAAAUAAGAAAAGCUCACUAUCAUUUUGCUUCAUUUGAUUUUAAACAUGAAAUUUACAAAAUGACUCUCGACUUAGCUCUAUAUUCAAGUAAAGAGUUUUGGUUAAACAUAAAGGAUGAAGUUUGGGACGAAUAUAUGACACCAUUCACUAGAGAUAAACUGGAUACUCAUCCCUGUUCUUUCAAAGCUAUAUUCUCUGAUGAAUUUCCUGCCGCUUACUACACACAUAAGUGGGCUCAGAUGUUAGCUUCAGACACAUUUCAAGCAUUUCAAGACUCAGGACUUGACGAUCAAAACGUUAUCACCAAAGUGGGCGACCGUUUUAAGGAGGCGUUUCUUAUUCAAGGCAAUAGUUAUAAUAGCGAAGAGAGAUUUAGAAAAUUUUUAGGAAGAGAUCCAUCUCCUGACGCACUUCUCAAGAUUAAUGGUUUAUAUGGCCACCAAUCACAUCAUAAACGAGAUCAUACUAUCGGCAAUGAUAAAGUAAAUAUCAGCGAAAAAUCAAAAAUUAUUUAAUUUUCAACUA